AUGCUGAAAAAAGAACUCAUUGUUUCGAGAAUCGUUACUUUCAGUGACUCCGCAGAAAAUUACUUAGGUUGGAAAUCUACAUUCAAAAACGUCAUAAAUGAAUUGAGUGUAAACCCUGCUGAAGAAAUUGACUUAUUAAUAAAAUGGUUAGGCCCUGAAUCACGUAAAUAUGCAACUUCGCUUAAAUCGGUCUAUAUUAAACAUCCAGAUGAAGGUAUAAAGAAAAUUUGGCAGCGCCUUGAUGAAAGGUAUGGAUCUCCAGAAGCAGUCUACCAGAUUGUUUUGAAAAAACUUGAAAAAAUUUCAAAGUUAAACUCAUCUGAUACAACCAAAUGGUACGAUUUGGCUGAUAUUCUGUCAGAAAUUGAUGCUUUAAAGAAUGACAUGGCGUAUUCAACUGCCCUGGCUUGUUUUGAUUCAUCCGUUGGUAUUAUGCCAGUUGUCGCAAAACUGCCAUCUAAUCUACAAGAAAGGUGGGCAACGAAGGUGUACCACUACAAGGAGGCUCACUCUGUGCUUUAUCCUCCCUUUGGUGAAUUUUGUAAAUUCAUUAACAAGCAGUCUAAAAUCCGUAACGAUCCCAGUCUUCUCCAGGCCGGACCUACUCACAGUUCUGGCCAGUCUAGUCAAAGCAACAUAGGUGCGAGAUACCGAAGGCCAGUGGUAACCAGAAAAACAGAUGUAUUUAGUGAAAAUUCUAGAAAUCUUGAAAAAUAUUGUUUACUACAUAGAAGUAAUCAUAGUUUGAACAAGUGUCGUUUGUUCAAAUCAAAAUCGUUCGAAGAAAGAAAAAAAUUCUUGAGUGAUCAGAAAAUUUGUUUCAGAUGUUGCGAAUCAAACAAGCAUCGUGCUAGUAAUUGUAAGGUUAAUAAUGUAAAGUGUGAUUGCGGUAGCACAAGUCAUCCUGGUGCAAUGCACAUUGAUCAACAGCAAAGAGGUGUUAGAGAUAAUUCACAACAAAUUGAAAUGCAGAUGAUUCCUAGACAUGAGCAACAGGAUGGCGGGGAGAGAAAGUCUCAAGUGAACAAUAGUUGUACACAAAUUUGUAAAAAUGAUUUCGCUAAAUCAUGUACCAAACUUGUAUUAGUAAAUGUUUGUAGAACUGAUAAUCCAUGUAAAACUGUUAGAUGCUAUGCCAUGAUAGAUGAUCAAAGCAAUUCUUCAUUAGCAAAACCAGAGUUGUUUGAUAUGUUGAAUAUCACUAGUCAAAAAUUUGAAUACACAAUUAAUUCUUGUGCAGGUUCCCGUGUUACACACGGUCGCCGUGCCAGUGAUUGUACUGUUAUGUCCGUAGAUGGUUCAGUUAUUUACCAGUUACCCACACUUAUUGAGUGUCCAGAUAUUCCGGAUAACCGGAAUGAGAUAUGUUCUCCACAUGAUGUAGGAUUUCAUCCCCACUUAUCUCACAUAGCAGGUUUCAUUCCCAAAAUAGAUGAUGAGGCUCAGAUUUUGCUUCUUAUUGGUCGAGACCUGGUCGAGGCUCAUCAUAUUCAAGAUCAGAUCAUAGGCCCUCCAGGGGCGCCCUUUGCCCAAAAGUUGGGACUUGGUUGGGUAGUAAUUGGCGAGAUGUGUUUAGGUAAGGUACACCCUGUAGAUCAGGUUAAUGUCAACAAGACUCACGUGUUGUACAACGGUCAAGUGUCACUGUUCCCUCCUUGUGAGAAUAGGUUUGUUGUUUCAGAAAAGGUCAAGCUUGACAUUAAUUCCUACGACCCAGUGUUCGCCCAAACAGCUAAUGAUGAUAAAUUUGGUCCAUCUGUAGAUGAUUUAGAGUUCUUAGACUUGAUGGAUAAAGGGUUCCGUAAAACUUCAGAUGGUAGAUGGAGUGCACCCCUACCCUUUCGGUCUUCUAGGUCAUGUCUUCCAAAUAAUAGAACAGAUGCUAUGCGUAGAGCUAAAUCCCUUCAUUUUAACUUGAUGAAAAAUCCUGUCAAGAGAAACCUUAUGGUUGAAUUUAUGGCCAAGAUAUUUGAUAAGGGUCAUGCUGAAGUUGCCCCUCCACUUUCUGAUAAUGAGGAAUGCUGGUACUUGCCAGUGUUUGGAGUUUUCCAUCCAAAGAAACCAGAUCAGAUAAGAGCAGUAUUUGAUUCUUCUGCUCAGUUUCAGGGUGUUUCCUUGAAUUCAGUCCUGUUAAGUGGGUCUGACCUGAUAAACAACUUGGUAGGUGUUCUUAUGAGGUUUAGAACAGAGCUGGUUCCUGCAAUAGCUGACAUUGAACAAAUGUUUUAUUGUUUCUCGGUAGAGGAGAAACAUAGAAAUUUUCUUAGAUUUCUGUGGUACAAAGAUAAUGACCCAAGUAAAGAAAUGAUAGAGUACCGAAUGACCGUACAUGUUUUUGGCAACAGUUCGUCACCGGCAGUUGCAAUAUAUGGUUUACUUAGAACAGUUGAGAAUUCAGAACCUGAUGUUCAACAUUUUGUGCGUAAGAACUUUUACGUAGAUGAUGGUCUCACGUCAAAGUCGUCCCCAGGUCAAAUAGUAGAUCUUAUCAAAAGAACUCAGAAAGAUUUAGGUGCCUGUGGCCUACGGCUUCACAAAAUUGCAUCUAGUAAUGUAGAGGUUAUGCGUAGUUUUGAAGUUGAUGAUCUGGCUAAAGACAUGAAAUGUCUUGACUUCGAAAGUGACAUGAUGAUGUUACCACUUCAGCGUAGCUUAGGCGUUAGUUGGAAUCUUGAGCUCGAUUGUUUCACAUUUAAAGUGGAAAGCUCUGGUCAACCCUUCACGAGACGUGGUAUUUUGGCCAUAGUGAACAGUUUGUUUGACCCGCUAGGUUUUCUGUCACCUUUUACUAUUAUUGGAAAGUUGAUUCUUAGGGACAUAGUGUCUGAGAAAUGUGAUUGGGAUCAACCAGUGCCCUGUAGUAUUGAGAGAAGAUGGAUAGAGUGGAAACAUUAUUUAGACAUACUCAGUAACUUGAAAAUUCCACGCAGUUAUUUCAGUAUCAGUCUUAGUGAGAUCAUCCAUUUGACACUCCGUGUGUUUUCUGAUGCUUCAGAACAAGCUAUAGCAGCUGUAGGUUACAUAGUAGGUCGUACACCUUCUAACAUCUGUGUAGGGUUUGUGAUGGGCAAGUCUAAGGUAGCUCCCACUAAAGGUCAUACUAUUCCUCGUCUUGAGCUCUGUGGAGCUGUGUUAGCCACAGAAAUUUCCCAGUCCAUUACUGAUCAGAUAGGAUUAAAGUUUGACAAGAUCAAAUACUACACGGAUAGUAGAAUAGUAUUGGGUUAUAUUCACAAUCAGUCAAGACGUUUCCACACAUAUGUAAGUAAUCGUGUCCAUAAAAUUAGACGCGUUAGUGAGCCUAGUCAGUGGAAUUACGUGCCCUCUGAACAAAAUCCUGCAGAUGUAGGAAGUAGAGGUGUUAGUCCUGUUGCUUUGCAAAAAAGUGAUUGGUUUUCAGGUCCAGAUUUUCUUCAUAAACAUACCGAGUCAGUUCCAGAGUUUUUCCCUGUAGUAGAUCCCGAAACUGACAAAGAGAUACGACCCAAUGUAUCUGUCAAUGCUGUUAGUAUUCAGGAAUCAGAUAUGCUUAAUAGUAAGAAAUUUGAGCAGUUUUCCACAUGGUCAAAAUUGGUUUUGGCUAUUUCUGUACUUAGACAUGUAGCUGUGUCCUACAAUAGGAGUUUAACCUGCCGUGGUUGGCAUUACGAUUGUCUGGCUUCGAAAGAUUUAGAGUUCCGAAAACAAACUGAGUCUUUCAUCCUUAAGAUAGUUCAAAAGGAGUUCUAUAGUAAUGAGAUUCAAUGUUUGAAAGGUCAGCAUAACCUUAACAAGGAUUCUCCCAUUUUGACCCUAGAUCCAUUUCUAGAUAACAAUGGAAUUCUAUGUGUAGGAGGUCGCUUGAGUAACAGUGCACUGUCUGAUCAUCAGAAACACCCUGUUAUAGUCCCUGGAAAACAUUAUGUUGCUAGGCUUUUAGUUGGUCAUUUUCACAGUCUAGUUAAACACCAAGGUCGUCAUUUAACAGAAGGUGCUGUCAGAGAUGCAGGCUUUUGGGUUAUAGGUGGUAAGCGGUUAGUCACCUCCCUGAUUUUUCAGUGCGUCACAUGUAAAAAACUUAGAGGCAAAUUUUUAGGGCAAAAGAUGUCUAAUCUUCCUGUUGAUAGGGUCCAACAAGCUGCCCCUUUUACUUACGUAGGUGUUGAUGUGUUUGGCCCUUGGUCAGUGGUUUCCAGGCGAACUCGUGGUGGUCAAGCAAGUUCAAAAAGAUGGGCAGUAUUGUUCACUUGCCUUGCCAUUAGAGCAGUCCACAUAGAGGUUAUUGACGAGAUGUCUUCGUCAUCUUUCAUUAACGCCCUACGAAGGUUUGUUUCUCUAAGGGGAGCUGUAAAACAGUUUCGAUCAGAUCGUGGCACAAAUUUUGUCGGUGCAACAGAUUUUCUUGGCAUAGAGGCAAUAAAUGUUGAGGAUAGCCCCAUGAGGAAUUUCACACAAUCACAAGGUUGUCAGUGGGUCUUCAACCCUCCUCAUUCGUCACACAUGGGUGGUUCUUGGGAGAGGUUAAUUGGGAUAGCUCGUAGAAUCUUAGAGUCAAUGUUAAGGACAGUCACUACUUUAACACAUGAUGUGUUGGUCACCCUCAUGGCCGAGGUUACUGCCAUAAUCAAUUCCCGACCACUUGUUCCAGUUUCUAACGACCCAGAUAAUCCAGAAGUAUUAAGUCCUUCUAUGUUACUUACUUCUAAGGUUGUGUAUGAUACCAUUUGUGUGGGUGAUCUAGAUGUUAAGUCCCUUUAUGGUGCACAAUGGAAAAGGGUCCAGUACCUUGCUGAGCAAUUCUGGGGUAAAUGGAGAAGAGAGUAUUUGAAUACUCUACAAAAUCGUAGGAAAUGGAAUUAUGAACAACAGCCUCUCUGUGUAAAUGACAUUGUUUUGCUUAAGGACAGAGAUGUGAACAGAAUUUCAUGGCCUAUGGCCAGAGUUACUAGAGUUUUUCCAAGUAAGGAUGAAAAAAUUCGAACAGUACAAAUCAUUGUGUUUAAUGAUGGAAAACAGAGUACAUAUGUAAGGCCUGUUCAUGAACUUAUUCUCCUUGUAAAAGCAGAAAAGUGUUAA